UUUUUUAUUUUAUUUUUACUGGCACUCUCUGUAUAUAUCUUCCGUUCGUUCUUCUACAUUGUUUUGUUUUUCUUCACCGGGUUCUUCUUAUUCUUUUUAGUGUUUAAAUUUCAACCAAAAGAAAAUUGUAUGUAUAUAUUAAAAUUUUGAUAAAUAAGAAUUUAACUCUGCCAAGUCAGUUUUUUUACCCACCUCCCUGCACGAAUUCAGUGAGAUGGUAAUUGGAGAAUUUUUUUUGUGUUUUUUUAGCCCUAGUCCCUUAUGACGAGUAUUACAAAUUGAGUAAUGAAACAAUUUUAGCAAAAUGAGGGAUAGUAUUAUCUCCGCAGCCAGACACUACCUCCCGAGUAUUGAACUCGAUCUCGUUUUUGGAUUCAAAAGAUACAUUCCCGCGCUCUGCUUCGACCACCAAAAUCAAAUUUUAUUCUUUUGACCGGAAAAUGAUAUUGGAGCUCCAAGCAGGCCGCACGUAGAGAGAGAAAAAGGAAGAGAGAGAAAAUGGCCGUCAUUUCCAGAGAUCCGGACGACAACACUCCCUCCCUCGAUGAUCCCCUAUUGCCAUGGCUCUGGUCAAUCAAGAAAGAAUUAGACGAUCCAGGUGCAGUCACUAACAAUGGCACAGUUCUCGAUAACCUGUUAUCUGACUGUAUCGGAACCUUCAAGAACGAAGGUCGCUACAGAAACGAUGUCAGAUUUCUCAAGAUAUGGUUUCUCUAUAUGGACAGUAGUCAAGAAUUUGAAAGCAUUUUCAGAGAAUUGGAGCAGAAUAAGAUAUGUAUUACUCAUUCAAUGCUUUAUGAAUCAUAUGCGUUGUUUCUGGAAGCAAAGGGAAAGUUAACUGAUGCACUUAUGGUUUAUCAAUUGGGAAUUUCAAGGAAUGCUGAGCCAGUAGAGAGGUUGAAUAAGGCGCAUGCCUUAUUUCGUGAUAGAGUCUCCAAAAUCGUGAAUACUUGUUCACUUGAGAAGAUCGAUGCUAGUGAUUCUUUAGAGCAUGGUGGAAGGUUCAUUGACCCAUGGUCGAUCUCCACGGUUAAACAUCUGCUGCAGAAGAUGAAUCCUAAAAUUAUGAAAUACGAAGGUUACCAUCCAAGUACUAAAGCUUAUCAGGGAAAAGUAGCUUUGUCUUCUUUGCAUAAAUCAGCUCGGAACAAGGUUGUUGAGAUAGGUGGAAAGAAGUACCAGAUCAAAGGUUGUGCAGGUCAGGGUGGGUUUGCUCAAGUAUUCAAAGCAUAUAUCAACAGUAACCCUAAUGAUGUUGUUGCAUUAAAGAUACAAAAGCCUGCUUUCCCUUGGGAGUUCUACAUGUAUCGCCAACUGGAUAUGCGGAUCCCAGACAAGGAAAGGCCGCGCUUUGGUUUUGCUCACAGAUUGCAUCUCUAUUCUGACUACAGCAUACUUGUCUCUGACUAUUUAUCUCAUGGGACACUUCAGGAUGCCAUAAACUCUAAUGUGGUCAUUGGUGGGUUUAUGGAAGAAGUUUUAUGUAUUUAUUACACUAUAGAGAUGCUCUCCAUGCUGGAAACUCUGCAUCAUGCUGGCAUCAUUCAUGGUGAUUUCAAGCCUGAUAAUCUGCUUAUUUGCUAUGCUAGGGAUGAUCUUACAGAGGAUAAUUUUCGUGACCGUACUGGUCCUUGGCGUGAUCAGGGACUGUGCCUUGUUGACUGGGGAAGGGGAAUAGACCUGAGUCUAUUUCCUGACAACACAGAGUUUAAGGGAGACUGUCGAACUUCUGGCUUUCGUUGUAUUGAAAUGCAAGAGAAAAAGCCAUGGAAAUUUCAGGUAGACACUUACGGCCUCUGUGUAAUUGUGCAUUUGAUGCUGCAUAAUUCAUAUAUGGAGAUCCAAAAAAAAGAAUCUCCUGAUGGUGGCUAUGUUUAUCAACCCAAAACAUCUUUCAAACGCUAUUGGCAAGUUGAGCUGUGGAAGAACCUUUUCACAAAGCUGCUUAACAUUAGUCCGAACGAUGAUCCCAAGAAGAUUUUGCAGAAUUUGAGGGAGUCGUUCCGGGAUUACAUGUGCUCAAAUCCUCAGCUGAUUAAAAAGCUAAAGCAGUUACUGAUAAAGCAAAGGACUUCCUUGUGUUCUGCUUAGACUGUUAUUAAUCCUUUCCAAGGAAUCUACGUUUUAUUUUGCAAUGCAGCCAAAACAAAAUCAAAAUGGUGCAGGAGUUUGACAAGGGAGCAUCUGCAGUCUCAUGCGGAAUUCAGACUUCUGAAGAAAUAAUGUAUUGAUUUGUCAACAAUGUUGCAAGCCGAUUGAGAUCACUCCCUCCGUGAUAAACCUUGUGACUGAAUUGUUUGUGUGCUGUGUAUGCAUGUGUUUGUAAAUGAUGCUCUGUAGAUUAUUUCUCAUGCAUGAACUUGUAAUAAAUUUUCUUGAUUGUAUUCCAUUCAAUUUCUCUGAUCA